AUGGAUUUAAACUCUCAAGCGACGUUUAUGAGUUCAGUAUGGCUUAUUUUGGGCAUCAUUAUUUUUCUUGGUAACAUAAUUACAACCGCAAUCAUCUGGUUGAGAAAAGCCAAGCAAGAAAGAUCGAAGUUUGGUUUAAAAUGCCACGCAGCGUACAAUCUUUUGGGAGUCGACAUGGGGUAUUCGUUUCACGGACUCAUUCUAACUUUAAUGUCCAUUGUACGCUUGACAAAAGACGGAAGAAUUUCGGAAGGUGCUUGUGAUGUUCUGGGUUUCUUUCAAGCGUUUUCAUUUCAUUUCGCUGCCGUUGGGGUGUUGGUUUUACAAACAGAUAAAUUUUAUUGCCUGGUCAAGCCGUUUGUGUAUCAUGCCUACUCGCGCAGCAAAAGUACAAUUCCAUUAAUUGUUGUAAUAUGCUGUAUCAUAUACGGAACAUUUAUUGCUGUUUUACCACUGACAAAACAUGGAAACUACUCGUCAAAAGCCACCUACACAAGUUGUAUGUUAACGUGGAAUCAAAAUAGCGCAUUUUAUGCGAGUUUAUCUCUUAACAUUGUCUUAUAUGUGUUAACUAUCGUAGUUAUUUUUGGAUCGUUGCGACAAAAGUUGCAACUAAUUCAAAAACGUCGCAAAAUGAGGGUUGCGACAAGUCAUCCGAACGAGACGAUAAUAUUUGUUUUAGCAGUUUCAAGUUUGUUUGUACUUUGUUGGACACCAAAUUUGGUAAGUACAGAUAACGUUGUUUGCUUUCUGCAAACACUGCGAGUGUGAAUUGUAUACAUUUCUUAAACCUAACCAGGAACAGUUGCAAGGGCCAGGGCCUUUGCGCGGUUCAGAGGCUCUGGUACGGGAAGCAAAGGAUACUGAUACAAAACAAAAGAUACCUUUGCUUCCCGUACCAGAGCCUCUGAACCGCGCAAAGGCCCUGGGUACGAGGUUGGUUGUCGAGCUCUUAAUGUUAAGUCGGGCCUGACAUUAAAGUAUUAAAAAUAUAUACAAAGUCAAAGUGAUAGAACAUAUUACAUGCAUUAACUACUAAAAUUAAUGUUAAUUAAAAACUCAUUGAUAAUUCAUGAGGAAAAUACAAAAGAAAUGAAUGUUUAAUCAACGUUUGUAAAUCGGAUAAAGAUUUGUCCUGUUUACAUAAACUUUGGCUUUGAUUUUCUCGGCUUUGACAAUGUUUUUUUAAAUUACUUCGCCAGUGAAUUCGUAAGAUGGGUCGUUUUUUAAGGUCGUUUUUUGGUAAAUUUUGGACAUCUCACUAUACGCAAGCGAAUUUUGUCUGAAAAGGUUGAUCAAAAUGAGGUUUGUUGCUUUAAAGACAUCACAAUUCCUCUCAGAAUGACCCAAAUAUUACACGGCAGAAAUAUCAUGUGGCACGCUUUAAAUGCUAAUGAGCCGUUACGAAUCUUACCAUGUAGGUCGCAAUGUUGGUUUCCAUCUUUUUCAGCGAAGACGAGCCAGAGGAAAAAACGAAGGCAGUGCUGUUUGGCAUCACAUUAAUUCCUCUACUAUUCAACCCUGUAGUGACAUUCGCCUUUCGUGUUGAUUGCAGAGUUGAAUUUAUCAAAUACUGGAAUUAUUCUAAGGAAUGUUUAAUGCCAAAGAAAAUUCAGAAAACCACAGGUACGGCGCGCAAGUUAACACAGAAAAAUCUCGCAUCUUGUAGCAAGUCUGCCAACAAGCCGUCAACAAUUAAGAUGUAUUCACGCUGCUUGUCACAAGUUGUCAACGGCAGGAUUGGAACAACUUGUUGACAACGUGUAACAACCUUGUUGAAAUUAUCAGUUGUUGCAAGGUUGUUGCAAGGUUGUUCUGACAAGUCUGUUACAUGCUUGAUGUAACAAGAUUGUUACAACCUUGUGUUGACAACCUUGUAACAUCCUUGUUAUAUCAUGGCUGUAACAAACUUGUUAGCACAGUCUUGUAACAAGGCUGAUAAUGCCAUCAAGCUUGUUACAAGUUGUUAACAGCUUGUCCCAAACUUGUUAUAACAAACUGGGAACAAGCAAUGCGAACACAACUUGUUGACAGCUUGUGAACAGACUUAUAACAACUUGUUUGCAGACUUGUUACAAGCUGUGCAGUUACAUAACCUUGUUGAUAUUAUCAGCUUGUUGCAAGAUUGUUCCAACAAGUCCGAUACAUGUAGUCAUGAGUAUAACAAUAUUGUUACAACCUUGUAUCGUCAACCUUGUAACAUUCUUGUUAUAUCAUGACUGUAUCAGAAUUGUCAGAACAACCUUGUAACAAGUAUGAUAAUGCCAUCAAGCUUGUUACAAUUUGUUAACAGGUUCAGUCUUAACCUUAUUAACAACUGGGAACAAGUAGUGCGAACACAACUUGUCAACAACUCGUGAACAAAUUCGUAACAACUUGUUUGCAGUCCUGUAACAACUUAUGCAUUUUUACGUGUGUACUUUAUUGUUUUACUCAGUUUAACGCUGCACGAUUUUACUCAGUUACUCGUCAAGGGGAGAGCCGGCACUCAAUGAGGUCGACACUGCAUUUAUUCUGCGCUGUCCUUUGAAUUGUUGUGUGACAUUUUGUUCUAAAAUAUUUUUCAGAAGCUUGUGAAGCAAGGACGUCUUAUGUUGUUGCUGUUGAGAUGAACAAGAUGUGA